GGGCAGCCUGGUGUUUAAUAGACUGAAGCUGUGGUAGACUUUACAACUGCUAAUAAAGCCUGGGUUGUUUAAUUAAUGUUAAAGAAUGGAGUGUUAAGGAGAUCUUAUAAAGAACACACCUAAUAUAUUAUCCAAAGAUGCUAGAUUUAAUGGGUUAAUGUUACACCAUGGCCGUGAUGAUCUCUACUCUUCUUUGGAUCUGUUUUAUCAUUUCUGUAUAUAUUUAUUACCUUUUCUUUUUACCUUUCCAUAUUAAAGUUCAUGCUUCUAACUGCUAAAAAUUUUUUUAUUGCAGGUGAGACACUGAGGUGUAAAAUUAAACAGCUUUGGCUUUAAGAAGCUAAAACGGACCUUGUGGAAAAACCUACACUAUCUAGGCCUUUGUACAUGAUCUACCAUGGCCAAAGUGUUCUGCAGCCUCUUGCUUCUGGGAAGUACAGUGAUGACAGCCACUGCAUGCCCCAAGUACUGUGUCUGCCAGAACCUGUCUGAGUCUCUAGGCACCCUGUGUCCUUCUAAAGGCCUGCUCUUUGUCCCACAUGAAAUUGACCGUCGGACCGUCGAGCUGCGACUGGGGGGGAAUUACAUUAUCAGGAUUACACAGCAGGAUUUUGUCAACAUGACAAGUCUUGUGGACUUGACACUUUCUCGGAACACCAUAAGCUCCAUCCAGCCUUUCUCUUUUGUGGAUCUUGAGACUCUACGCUCACUUCAUCUGGACAGCAACCGCCUAACCGAGCUUGGCCCAGAUGCUCUGAGAGGUCUGGUCAACUUGCAGCACCUCAUUCUGAAUAACAACCAGCUGGGCCACAUCUCAAAAGAGUCCUUUGAUGACCUGCUGCUAACGCUGGAGGAUUUGGACCUGUCCUACAACAACUUGCAGAGUGUACCCUGGGAGGCCAUUCGGAAGAUGCUCAGCUUGCACCAGCUCAGCCUUGACCACAACCUCAUCAGCCACAUUUCUGAGGGCACUUUCACAGACUUGGACAAGUUGGCCAGACUUGACCUCACAUCAAACCGGCUCCAGAAGCUUCCACCAGAUCCCAUAUUUGCACGGUCACAGACCAAUGUAGUGCUGAGUACACCAUAUGCUCCUGUGUUAUCCCUUAGUUUCAGUGGAAACCCGCUUCAUUGUAAUUGUGAGGUUUUGUGGUUGCGACGACUCAAGCGGGAGGAUGACAUGGAGACUUGCGCAUCUCCUCCAAACCUAAAGGGGCGGUACUUCUGGUAUGUGCGUGAGGAGGAGUUUGUCUGUGAGCCACCUUUGAUUACUCAACAUACGCACAAACUUCUGGUGCUUGAAGGUCAGACGGCCAGCCUACGCUGCAAGGCAGUAGGUGACCCCAUGCCUUACAUACACUGGGUGGCUCCUGAUGACCGACUUAUCAGUAACUCCUCACGAGCCACUAUUUACGAGAAUGGCACCCUGGACAUCAUGGUCACCACCUCAAGGGAUUAUGGCACUUUCACUUGCAUCGCCUCCAAUGCUGCAGGAGAAUCCACUGCCUCAAUUGAACUCUCCAUCAUUCAGCUGCCUCAUCUCAGCAAUGGCACAAACCGUACCUCACAGCCCAAGUCCAGGCUGUCUGACAUCACCAGCUCCGCAAAAACCAGCAAAGGAGAGACCAAACCCCAGCCAGAACAGGUGGUGUCUGUGUCGGAAGUCACAUCUGUCUCUGCCCUGGUCAAGUGGGUAGUGAGCAAAACAGCUCCAAAGGUGAAAAUGUACCAGCUCCAGUACAACUGCUCAGAUGAUGAGGUCCUGAUUUACAGGAUGAUACCACUUGCCAGCAGAGCCUUUGUGGUCAACAACCUGAUGCCAGGGAUGCAGUAUGACCUGUGCGUGCUCGCCAUCUGGGAUGACACGGCCACCACCCUCACCGCCACCAACAUAGUGGGCUGCGUUCAGUUUGUGACUCGUGUGGACUACCCUCGCUGCCAGUCUCUUCACAGGCAGUUCCUCGGUGGAACUAUGAUCUUGGUGAUCGGCGGCGUGAUCGUUGCAACUCUCCUGGUCUUCAUCGUCAUCCUCAUGGUGCGCUACAAAGUGAGUAGCUCUUCCCAAGUCGCCAAGCUUGUAUCAGUGAGCAACACUUACUCUCAAACCAAUGGUGGAAUGCAGGCAGCACAGUUGGUCAAUGGGGCUCCUCCACCUCCAGCCCCCAAAGCCAUAGUUGUGAUGCAUGAUGAGGUUGUAGAGUUUAAGUGUGGCUCUUUGCAAAGCAGCCUCUCUUCCACUUCCUCAACAGACUCGAUUGGCAGUGAGAAGGUGGGACGUUACGACCCGUGUGCCAAGUCUAGCAGUGGACCGCACAGAUGGAAGCACGCACCAGCUAAAACAAGGGCAAAUCUAGACCACCUGCUUGGAGCUUUUGCCUCUCUGGACAUAAAAGCUCCUGCCAGAGAUCCAGGUAACCGUUCCUCCACAGGGGCCAUCAUGGCAGCCACAGACAUUCUUUCAGACAAGGAGCCACUGCUGGGCCGCGGGGACUCCAGGCUUGGCCGCUUGCUCAAGCUGCCACUGGAGAGCAAGCCCAAGCGCAGUCACUCCUUUGACAUGGGUGAUGUUGGUGCUUCGCAGUGCCUUAGCUACCCACAGCGUAUCAGCAACAUCUGGACUAAAAGGAGUCUGUCAGUGAAUGGCAUGCUGCUGCAGUGUGACGAGAGUGAGGGGGAAGGAGAUAAAGGGACACUUGACAGCUCUGAAUGGGUCAUGGAGAGUACAGUCUGAUUAAUGGCCAGUUGUCAGAAAAGGCCAGAUUUUUGGCCUCAGUUCUGUUUGGAUAAGAGCAAAUGGGCUGACUUUUCAAAGGAAGAAGGACUCCUAGGACCAAAUUGAAAGGAUAUGUACUGCAUGAAUUCCCAUGUUAAUGAUUUUGUCCUUCUGUCUAUUUGAUCAAACUACAAACUCCAGGUUGACAUUGUGAGUAUAUGAAUGAGGGAAGCGGCAACAGCAAGGGCUGGCCCUCAUCACUGAAGCCUGAACCUGAGGCUCCCGCUGACUGCUUUUGCAAUUUGACAACAGAUGUGGAUUGAUAUCCAAUCAUGAAUGAUGUAUGAGAAUCUCAGAGAAAAUAAAAGACUGUUUUUUUUUUUUUUCCUUUCUCAAGCUAAGUGGAUGUGCACAAAUGACACAAAAGACUAAAUGCACAAAUUUGAUGAGAAUACAUUUGUAUGAAAAGGAUGAAAAAAAAUAAAAUGUGAAUGUAAUCAAAUACGCCAUUUUUUACUUUUUUGUUAUCACUUUUUUAUUUUUGCAAUUUUUUUUUAUUUCUCUUUCAUUCUUUAAAAAAAAUCAGAUAACCAAUGAUUGGCUGACUUAUUGGUCUAUAGGUUAGUAUUCUUGUAUAUUGGCCAUAUACAGUUUCAAAAGUCAAAUUAAUAUUAGAAUGCCGUGUUUAUGCUAUCGGCUGAAUGAUUUAUGUCAUCACUGAGUGCUGUAAUAGGAAUAAUAAAUUAGAAUUUUUAGAGGGGUAUUUCAUUAUUAAGCAAACACCAAACAUCAAUAACUUCUAAGCUCGGUCUAUUUUUUCCUUCAAAUCCUCUAAUGGAUUAUUGGAAAAUCGAGGAUUUGUUUUGCCAUUGGCUUGCCUUAAGGCACAGAUUUGUUGAUAUUGGCUACUCCUGGUUUCUGGGUUUUUUUUUGUUUUUUUCAGUUCAUCAUUCUGUCUAAUUAUUGCAAAUAAAUUCUGCCAUUGAUUUCUGUGGAAAAACAUUUUAUAUGAAAGGCAUAGAAAUAAACAGAUUCUGCGUCUCUUAAGUUGUAAAUGUGAUGAUAACUUUAUCAUUUCAUACUGUAUGUAUUUUUUUCAUUUGGAAAACAUUUAUUUUUAUAUUUGCGAAGAUUUAUUGGUUUAUUGCCUUUAAUACAUACCACCAUCCAAUAA